UGUCACUCCGAGUCUAAUUGAGCCAUCACCUCAGCAGGUUGAUAUCUCGCAUGACCCUGGCCUGAUUUUUAAUUCUUGAUUUUACGUCGGACACAAAUAACAUGCGGUUAUUGAACACCAAGACCAGAAAGCUCGAAGAGUUUUUUGGUCAGAUCCCACAGUAUGCAAUACUCUCGCAUCGAUGGCGUGAUGGCGAGGUACAGUUCUCUGAUAUCGACCAGCCUCACGCCCGUAAUAUGCCUGGCUAUUCCAAGAUUGAAGGCUCUUGUACCCAGGCUGACAAAGACGGGUAUCGCUAUGUCUGGAUAGACACUUGUUGCAUCAAUAAGAGCAGCAGCUCUGAACUUUCCGAAGCAAUCAACUCGAUGUUCAUGUGGUACAAGAAGGCCCAGAUCUGCUACGCAUAUCUAGACGACGUGUCCGGAUGUGACAAUCUGAAAGAAGAGUUUUUUAAAAGCCAGUGGUUCACAAGAGGGUGGACUCUCCAGGAGCUCGUGGCCCCCAACAAUGUCAUAUUUUUUUCGCGCGAUUGGGAGGAGAUGGGAAGCAAAUCUAGCUUCACUCAGUGGAUCGAAGAGAUCACGGGGAUUGACCGUGGUGUCCUACUUAUGAACUACCCGGAAGAGAUCAGUGUAGCAACAAGGAUGUCUUGGGCUUCGGGAAGGCAGACGACGAGGGUAGAGGAUCGGGCAUAUUCGCUGCUUGGUUUGUUUGGGGUACACAUGCCUACGAUAUACGGAGAGGGGGAAAGCGCAUUCGUCAGACUUCAGAUCGAAAUCAUGAAGAGCUCCAACGAUCAAAGCAUUUUCGCUUGGAAAUCAUCUCGCCGAGGAGAUAGGAGUGGUCUACUUGCUUCCUCCCCGGAUGAUUUUGCAGAGUCCCGCGACAUCGUUAGGAUUCCCUCAGAUUCAUUCAGAAAUAUUUUUUCAAGCGCCACUUCAUCCAUCAGACAGUAUUCGGUGACGAAUCGCGGGUUGAAUAUUCACCUGCCUGUUAUGCGCGUCCACAACUAUUAUCAGGCGGCCUUGAGCUGCUGCCGUCGAGGAGCACCAGCCAACCGUCCAAUCAGCUUAUACCUUUAUCCAAUCCCAGGCGAGAUGGAACAGUUUCUGAGGUUAGGGCCUAGCCUUCUAUACGAAGCAGAGGUACCGGGAUCAUCCGAAUUCACCCUUCAAGAACUUUACGUCCAAGAAGAUGACCCAUCGCUAUUCAUGACAAUCGAUCCCAGGCGCGACCCUAUCCUUCAAAAAUAUCAUUUCUUCAUUAAAACCAACGGGGUGGUAGAAAACGGAUUUUCUUUGGUUGGCUAUACGUCGGCUGAGUGGUGGCAGCAGGAGGAGAAUAGGCUCGUCCUGAGCUUGACCCGAAGUGGAAUGUUUAGCACACUGCUCUAUCGCCAUCAAAUAACCGGCGAGAGUUUCGCAGUACCAGUCGGUCUGCAUAAUUGGCACGUCUGGUCAUACAUUGUCACGACCACGGACAGUGAGACGCCUGACAGCGUUAACGCGUCUUUCGACGAAGGAGAAAGAGGUGGUGUUCGAUGGAGAAGUUUGGACUGGUUUACUCAGGAGUUGAGUAUGGGAAAGGUAGGUGUGAAAAUCAGGAAGGGGGGUAAAUACUGUUCUGACGAUGUUGGCGGAUAUUCUGUGACCAUCUCUGUCACGGGCACGUAGCAAAGUCAGAUAAUUGCAUGUACUCGUUACAUAUAUAAGUACUGCGUAUCCACCCACU